CUCUCUCUCUCUCUCUCUCGCUCGCGUCCACUCCUAGGGUUUUUGAGAAGCUGAAAAAUCUGUUGAUCUCACUUACAGUCCAGUACUCCAACUUCUUGGUGACUUGGGGGUUCCGAGUUUUUUAUUAUGUUGUUCCAGUCGAUGGAUAUGCCCCAGGAGACCGACGAUUACAUCAGAGAAUCCAUCGAGGGUUCGCUAGGCCUCCCAAUAUCGGAGAAAACUCUCAGGCUGAAGCUUCUCGCUUCAGAGGACGAGCGUCACCGCCUCCAAGAUCAGAUCUUCUUCUUGCAGGACCAACUCAAGGAGUCUCAUAAGCGGCUUCAGCUUUGCAAGGAAGAGGCGAGUAUGAAUGCCCAGGGUUUAAGGAAUUGCAUACAGGAUAAGGACAUGAUGGCUGCAAAGUGUGCUGAAAUGGAGAAUUACUGUGUUAAGCUGGAAAGAGAAUGCGUGCUGUUUGAACGAGAUUUAGAGAAGGCCAUGGAAUCCUGUGAUGAAUUGGAGAAGGAGAACAAUGAGCUUCGCGCUCAGCUACAUGAUAACUUCUCGGUUCAGGUAUUAGCUGCUGAAGUACAAUCCUUGAAAGAAGAUAAGGAGAACCUUCGGAUAAAUCUGCAGAGAGCUGAAGAGGAGGUGAAAGUGCUAUUUGAGGACAACAGAUUAUUGGAUGAAGAGAAUAAGCGACUGCUAUUGCGUCUGCAAAGAGAGACACAACGACAUAGAUCUGACCGCAAGCUAUCUGCUAGUGCAUCUUCUUCUAGGGGAAAGCACAAAUCAUGCCUCAUGAAGGGCAGCUCUUUUGGGCGACAGAUUGAGUUCAAUUCUGAAGAGCAAACAAGACAACCGCUUACUCCUCUGCAUAAGCUGUCCCCAAAGUCAUGAAUCCUUAUGAAGUGAGAAACAAGCUGACAUCUCGCUUAUUGUAAAGCGCCUUAGAAACCUCGGAAGCUUGCAGCUGACUUCUAACUCUUGGAAGGUGGUUUAUAGCCUUUCAGUCUCUAACCAAUUUGAAGUUUUUGGGCCUUAUAGUGUUAUCUCCAGAUAGCAUUGUAUUUGUACUA